AUGCGUCACGGUCAGGGAGAUACUUUUAUUGUACUGGAACUUCACCGAAACGAAUUCAUACAGGCUCCCGCCAAAUGGUGCAAUGGGAAAUCCACUCGAAGGAAAUUCAACAUCAGCAAUACACUUCGGACUUGCUUUCCCAAAUUCUUCCUCUCGAAGAAUUCGGUUGUCAAGAGAUCUCUCAGAUUGAUCCGAGACGCACUCGCAUUGUCAGAGAUUAGAUAUGUCAUGACCUUCGGUUCUCUGUUGGGUUCCCUGCGGUAUCACAAAAGAAUGCCCUUCGAUUGUGACUUCGAUUUGCAGGUUCAUCGGGAGGACCAUGAACGUGCCCUGCAAGCACUCCUUAAAUUGGCAUCAGAUCCCACGAGCCAAAUGCGGGUCUUCGAUUUGACACCGGCUGGUGCAAACGCGAAGGUGGGACUUGCCUGUGGCCGCAGCACAUCAUGGAUGAAUCCCGACAACUGGACGGAGUUUGGACCGAGCGUCACCUUUUACAACGGCAUUCCAACAGUUGACGACUGGGAUCUUUUCCUCAAGGUGAUGGGAUCAUGUGGCACCUACGUGGACAUUUACACAAACACGAAUGACGACAUGGUUCUUGACCGACUUUCUGAGUAUCAGCCAAUCUAUCGACCCCUAGAAGGCACGCUUUUCCGUGUAUUUGAUGGUGCACAUACGUAUCUUGAGGAAACCUAUGGUGUGAGUCUUGAUAUGUGCGUGCCGAAGAUACCUCUGGUGGUACGUGGUCGGUACAAAUUCUUACCACCUGAAUGCCGCAACUUAGUAGUGCCAUGCAGCAGAUUGGACACUCUAUAUCCAAGAGUGUUUAAGUUUACAACUGCAACACCUCCCACCAUGUAUGAGCUUGGACUGAAAUCGGACAGGAGGGGAAAGUGCUGGAUCCGCUCGAUCUUCCUUAUUCGUUCCUAG